AUGAGCUGCCAAUGGGAAUGCCUCUGCUGCAGCAUCUGCAGCAGCAACAGCAGCAGCAGCAGCAGGAGCAGCAGCAGCAAAACGAUCUGCUGCAUUCUCUCUCUUCUCUAUCUCCUGCUUUCCCUCAUCCCCAUGACCAGCAGCAGCAGCAGCAGCAGCAGCAGCAGCAACAGCAGCAGCAGCAGCAGCAGCCAGCUGCAGCAGCAGCAGCAGGAUGAGCUGCCAAUGGGAAUGCCUCUGCUGCAGCAUCUGCAGCAGCAGCAGCAGCAGCAGCAGCAAAACGAUCUGCUGCAUUCUCUCUCUUCUCUCUCUCCUGCUUUCCCUCAUCCCCAUGACCACCAGCAGCAGCAGCAGCAGCAGCAGCAGCAGCAACAGCAGCAGCAGCAGCAGCAGCAGAAGCAGCAGCAUUUGUUUGACUUAAGAAACUAUAACCCGAGAAAGGGGCCCCCACAAGGCAGCAGCAGCUUGCUGCUGGAUGGCCUCAGCAGCAGCGUGCUGCAGAUGCCGCGUGAGCCCCCGCUGCUGCCGCAGCAGCAGCAGCAGCUGCUGCAGCAGAUGCAGCAGCAGCACAUACAGCAGCAGCAGCAGCAGCAGCAGCAUAUGCAGCAGCAGCUUGGCGCUAACGCUGCAGCAGCAGCAGCACGCACACACCCACACACAGACACACCAGCAGCAGCAGCAGCAGCAGCAGCAGCAGCAGCAGAAGCAGCAGCAGCAGCAGCAGCAGCAGCAGGAGACAGCAGCAGCGAGACAGAGAUACCAACAGAAGGAUAUAUUGAUGGGGUUUAUUAUACAGAGCAGCAGCUGGACCUCGCGCUGCAGCAGAAAGACGCAGAGCUGCAGCAGCAGCAGCAGCAACUGCAGCAGCAGCUGCAGCAGCAGCUGCAGCAAAAUGCACAGCAGCAAAUGGAACGAUGCGCACGUGUUAAAAUAGAAGACGUUGAUAGCUUGUCUCCCGAGGACCUGAGAGAGUGUUUGGUGUUUAGAGGGCUUCGUUGUGAGGGGGACUUGGAGGUGCAGCGGACCCGACUGAAGAUAUCUCUGCGGGAUGGCAUCGGCCCCCAAGAGCCAGAGCCUGAGGCAGCGCAGCGUUUUGUAGCAGCUGUGAAGGAGGUGGGGGCCCCAAUCGUAAACCCUCGGGAUGCUGCUGCUGUUAUUCGUCGAUGGGCUGCGCAUGCAGAGAUUGCUGCAGCUGUCUCAGACCCUGGGGGAGUGUUUAAGUUUGAUCAGCAGCAGCAAUCUGUGUCUCACCUCUCAGCAGCAGAAAUAAAAAAAAUAGAAAAAGAACAAACCACAGACCAAGUACUACCUCUUUCUCCUCCUGCUGCUGCUGCUGCUGCUGCUGCUGCUGCUUCUCCUGCUGCUGCUGCUGCAGCAGCAGCAGCUGCUGCUGCUGCUGCUGGUGAUGCUGGUGAUGGUAGCGAUGGUUCUGCUGCUGCUGCUGCUCCAGCAGCAGCAGCAGAAACAGCAACAGCAGCAGCACCAGAUAAAACACCAGCAGCAGCAGCAGCAGCAGCUCCAGCAGCAGCAGCAGCAGCAGCAGACCCAGCAGCAGCAGCAGAUAAAAAAAAUAGAAAAAGAACAAACCACAGACCAAGGGGGAGUGUUUAA